AUGGUGAAAACGACAGGAUGCGUCCUCUUCGACCCCGCCCUUUUCAAUAUGGACACCUGCUGCCGGUCAUGCCUACAAGGUGGGGGAGUGGCGGAGAUCCAUAUUUUUUCUUUUCCUUCUUUGUUUCUUUCAAUUCUAUAUUUCUUUCAUUCUUUCUAUUUAAAUUCAUUAUCUUCUUUUUCUGUCUUUUCUUUUACUAAUCAAUCUUUCUGUUCUUUCUUUAUUUCAUUAUUUCUUUUCAUUUUCUUUCAAUUUUAUAUUUCCUUCCUUUUUUAUUUCUCUUCUUCCCACUCCUUUGUUUCUGAUUUUCCAUUCCUUUUAAUUUCAUUUCAUAGAUUCUUUCUUGUUUUAUUCUCAUUUUUAUUCUUUCUUUCUUUCUUUCUUUCUUUCUUUCUUUCUUUCUUUCUUUCUUUCUUUCUUUCUUUCUUUCUUCUUAAUUCUGUAUGUAUUUCCUUUCUUUCUUUCACCAUUUUUUUCUUUUAUUUCUUUUUAAUUCCUUUUCUGUUUCUUUCCCCUUUCUUUUUCCUCCCGGUUAAUUUUUUUCUUUUUUUUUCGGGUUGCCUUUUUUUUUUUUCUUUCUUUCUUUCUUUUCUUUCUUUCUUUCUUUCUUUCUGUUUAAUUCUGUAUGUAUUUCCUUUCUUUAUUUCACCAUUUUUUUUCUUUUUAUUUCUUUUAAUUCCUUUCUCUGUUUCUUUCCCUUUCUUUUUUUCCUCCCGGUUAAUUUUACUUUCUUUUUAUUUCUUUUCGGGUUGCCUUUCUUUCUUUCUUUCUUUCUUUCUUUCUUUCUUUCUUUCUUUCUUUCUUUCUUUCUGCUUAAUUCUUUGCCUUUCUUUCUUUCUUUCUUUCUUUCUUUCUUUCUUUCUUUCUUUCUUUCUUCUUAAUUCUGUAUGUAUUUCCUUUCUUUCUUUCACCAUUUUUUUCUUUUUAUUUCUUUUAAUUCCUUUCUCUGUUUCUUUCCCCUUUCUUUUUCCUCCCGGUUAA